AAUGGCUGACUGAGGUGUAUUGGGUCUUCUACCCAUAUUCGGUUCCUAUUCCGACCGCUUGGCUGUGCUCUAGAUCGCCCCUUCAUUUUUCAUUCUUCCUGUUCGCCCUGGCCGCUGACUUGAACACUCGCUGUGAAUGCGCUGGAAGAGAGGGAGUGCCGAAAGACGAAGAAGCGAUUUGACAUACCUCUGUCAGGGAUUUGUUGCAUUGUUGGGACAUUCUCUGUCACUGCACAGUUUAACACCCUGGAAUGGAGAAGAAAACGAUUCCAAAGAAGACUAUUAAUGACCUCCCUGAUGAGAUGCUUGUAGAAAUUUUCUCAUAUCUUUGUGUGGAAGACCUAGCCAUAAAUGUGAGGAAAGUGAGUAAAAGAUGGGAAGAAGUAGCCAAAGAAAAUAAGCUCUGGAGAAAUUUGACAUACACUCCAAGCAAUAAGAUUUCACCAGAUCAAAUGAUUGAAGUACUAAAGGGAGCUCCAAAGCUUCGAAAAUUUGUUCCACAGUUUGAAUACAUAAGAGGUCGCCUCCUAGAAGCUGUGAUAACUUAUUGCAAAGAUAUAAGGUCAUUGAGAAUGAAGGUUAAUAAAGCUGACAGUAGUUUAAUCAUGUCUUUUGUGUUUGAAUGUCAAAAUAUAGAAGAUCUUUCUAUUGAAACUGAUGAUUUUGUAUCAACUAAAUAUUUGCAGAUGGUCAGUCGAUGCCCAAAACUGAAGCGUUUGAGAUUAAUUGGACAAACAGUAGACAAUAGUAAUAACCUUUUCUCUGAUGUAGUUCAUGGAUUUCCAUCUCUUGAGAGGCUUGAUAUUAGUUAUAUGUUGCAUUACAGAAAUAAGGAUUUGACAGGUUUUUUGAAACAAAAGAAAAAUAAACUACGUUCUUUGUCUGUGAAUUGUUGUCUUCCAGGACAAAAAUGCUUACUUCCAACACUUGGAAAGUACUGUUCUGCACUUCAGUUUCUGCAUAUAUUUGGACAUAAAGGGAGAUCAUCAGUAGCUGAUUUUUCUAACUUUAAAAAUAUGCACCACCUGAGAGAACUUGCAGUAACUGGUACUAAAUGUCGUAAUAUGGAUGGUGUGAUUGAUUAUUUUGAAACUGGAUGUGUCCGUAAUCUUGAAGCUCUGGAUUUAAGCAAUUUUGACAUAGUUGACAGCAGACUGACUCUUGCGAUUUUCACCAAGUGCUUGAAUUUGAAGGAAUUGAAUCUUGGAAAUAACGAUUCAUUGACAGAUGAUUGUUUGGAGUUUAUCGGAAAUUUGAUCUGCUUAGAAUAUUUGUAUUUAGAUGGCUGCAAUGCCCUAACCAACAAAGGGGUUUCUUUUAUACUUAAAUGUACCAAACUGAAGUGCCUGAACCUGAAUCAAUGUAAAAAUAUCACAAGCAAAAGCUUGGUGGCAAUUUGCAUUAAUUUAAAACUCAAAAUUCUAAACAUGAAUGCUUGUGAAGUUGAACCAGAGGUGUUAAUGGAAAUUUGUUCAACAGAGCAUCUGAAACAUUUCAAAUCACUUUGUAUUAGAAUGGGAGGGAAGAAGAUACAUCUUCAGCCUAAGAACACUCCAAGGCAUUAAAGAAAGAUUGGGCAAGUGAGUUAUUGAAUAAUAAAUAAAUAAUAAAAUGCAUCUGGCAGAAGCAUUUAAGUUAUUUUGAUUAAUUGAAUGAAAGACGAAAUAAAUAAUUCCAGGUUUAGAACUCAAGUUAAUUUCAUAAUAUUGGAUCUGUAAGAAUAGUAUCAAUAAGCUGGAUAUAAAAUUUGUUUUUGUGUCUUUGUGGCUAAGAAAAUCCUUUCAACAAAAAAACAGUAAUAGUCUACUACUUAUCAUAACCUACACCAGCUUGUUUAAAAAAAUGUUAUUUAUUUCUGAUUUCAGCAAUAAUACAAUAACACGAACAUGUAGUCUCAAAUUAUAUCUUUCAACCUUUAUGCCAAAAUCAAGAGCUGUGAAUGUCCUAAAAAUAUUUAAAAUAACUUGAUGUAAUUCAAAACAGUUCAUCAAACCAUUAAUUGAAGAUUCCCACUGAGAGGACCCCCCUGCCCAGAAGAACUAAGUAGUUAUAUAGCACCACUGAGCAACAUCACAUACUGUGAAGUUGACUCAACUUGUAGUUAAAAAGAAGAAAAAAUUAAAAAUAUAAUAAAAAGAAAAUAUGAAAAAAGUUAAUUUAAGUUCCUUCAUUUAUUUUUUUUAUUUUUCUCUAAGUUUUCAUUCAAAGAUAAAUGUAAACAAUAUCUGAAAAUGUUUUAGAUACCACCACUUAUUGUACAGUAGUAUGUUGCUGUUUAAAAUUGCAAGCCUAUUGCCAUUUAGUUUUUUUAGGGAGGCCUAUAAAAUUUAGUUGCAACUGACUCUUAGUUUAAAUAUAAAGGGAAUGUAGUAUUGUUUUUAUAGUAUAAUUACACAACUGGUUCAAGGUUUCAAGCGAUUAACUUAUCUUUUUUCAAAAAUGUUGUUAAUU